AAAAACUAAUGGUUGUCUUUUUGAAUGGUUGUUUUCUAUUCUUUCCUUAUUGCCCCAUGAAUAUUGGAGGAGAAAUGAAAGGUAAAAGAAGUCCUAUAAGAAAGGAUCUGACAAAGCCAUCCAACCAAACAAAUGUUUUCUAAUUAUAUGAAAAAUCUAAACCCACAACCUCAAGCGUAGAUUCCUAUAGCAACAUAUUUCUUUUUUUGGUUGCCUUUUGGGUAUAGUAGUGCCCACAUCAAAAAAAUGAAAAAGGAUGCAUACCCAGUUCAAAAUUUUAGCUAGACAAACAUUCUCUGGCUGGUUUACUCAAAACCCAAUUUUAAAUUUUUGUUCUUUUAUUUUUUAGGGUAGAAAAUUUUGAUGUUAGUACAAAAUGGCUAUUGAUGCAGAGGAUGUACUAGUAUGCAUAUGGAGAUUCCUUCGUUUUUUCAUGCACACUAGUAACGUAUGUGUACAAAAACACCCAUUGUUUUCAUGCAUUUUGUUACUUUUCUUCCUUGUGUACAUAUUCUUCGAUCUUCUGCUAUACCACUCCCCGUUUCUAAUUUGCAUCGCCAUCCUUCUUCGAUGUUUCUGGAGUUCCGAACUACCACCCACAACAACAACAACAACAACAACAAGCGAAGUAACUGUCAAAGAGAGAGAAAAAUCGACAUCACCAACAACGUUGUUGGCGACGAGUACCAUUAAAGAAGAAGUUGUUAAUGUGGUUGCUAAUAGAGAUAGCCUUAGCGUUGGCGAGGGCUUCUCCUCCGUACGACGACAAAAAAGUAGACGAACUAUAGUUGACAGGAACAGAGAAUGGAAAUCCCAAGCUGGAAAAAAAGGAAACGACAACCUGUUUCCUCCCCCAACAAAUGACAAAAAUGCAAAACUAGUUGUGAAAGAAAGAGAGGGCUUUUUGUUUGAACGUGGGCGUGGGCAAAGCUCAUCAUUAUUAUCAUCUAAUUCUAUUGGUAAUAAUCUCCACGUUGUUGGUUCUGAAACGUCAAAGAAAGAGACCCUUUUGCCAUCUGAUGGUUUGGAACAAAAUCAGUUGAAGAAAUCUGACAGCUACAGUGUCGUUUCAGAGGCUGACAACGUUGAAGAUUUUGAAGACGAUGACGAGGAAGAGGAGGAAGAAGAGGCUGUAAAGAAUGGUGGUAAUAAGGCUAUGGAGUGGACAGAAGAUGAUCAGAAGAAUCUUAUGGAUCUUGGGCUUUCAGAGAUCGAAAGAAACAGGAGGCUUGAGAGCUUAAUAGCCAAAAGAAGAGCGAGAACUUUGUUCCAAAUACAGGCCGAGAAAGGGUUGAUUGAUUUGGAUGGUGUUGUUCCAACAAGUACUACAAUAGCCCCUGUUUUUGUUUCAAGAGACAGUCCUUUUGAGGUCCCGAUUGGGGAGGCUAAUGAGAAUGAGUCAUUACAAGUUCCUGGUUCGGCACCUUCGAUUCUUUUACCUAUGCAAAACCCAUUUGAUCUUCCUUAUGAUCCGCUUGAGGAGAAGCCCAAUUUAAUGGCUGACAGUUUUCAGCAGGAGUUUGCAGCUGUUAAUCAGAAGGAAAUGUUGUAUUGCAGGCAUGAAAGCUUCAGUUUGGGACCUUUCCAAUAUGACCAUGAUCAUCAUCAUCAUCACAACCAUCAAGAUCGACGUGAUUUCGGUAACUAUUUCAAUAGUGAGAAGAGAGCAUUUGAAGGAUAUGGAUUACCCAGAUACAAAAGACAAUCAGGAAAUCAAGAUACUCUUAUGGAACAAUUUUUAUCAGAAGUGGGUGUCAGCAAGCCUCUCAAUGAACACAUUCUCGAGAGUCAAGCUCGGGUAUUAAACUCAAAAACAUCCAAAAUGGACAUGGAACUGACUGAAGAAAGUAACGAUGAAACAACCUCAUCAUCUUCAUCAGAUAUGACUAAUGAAGCUGAAGUUUCAAGCAAUAAAGAACCAAAUCAGGGAAACACUGAAACUAAUAUGUCUACAAUAGAAGAACCCAAUUAUGAUUCUAGUCCCACUUCAAACGACAAGAACAGAAUGGAGAACACUAUGUUUUUUUCAGAUCACCAACCUCGUAGACGUAUUCACACUCCUACAUUCUCCAUAGCUUCAGAUAUGCAAGUAGAGGUUUCAGAAGCUGGUUCACCUUCAAUGACAGUUGGGAACAUGUCACCCAAUGAUGUAGAUUCCUUGUCAGAAGAUGUUGAGAUGGUGCAGUCCAAUUCAACAAAUUUCGAUUGUAAGUCCUUUGAUGUUGUUAGUCAAGUGAUGGAAAGUGUGGAAAAGUUGAGGAAUAUUGCUGCAAGCUCUUCAGAAACAAUGGCUUUUGAGAACCAAGAUACAACUACACAGUUGGCUGCACGUUCUUCAUUUGAAGUUCUCUCUGAAGGAACAGAGAAAUCAUGGAGUCUUCCAGAUGAGUCUGUGAAAGAGGGGAGUGUUAUCUAUGAUGAAGGAGAUUCAGUAACUGAGAUUGUUGAUGUCAUGGAAGACCAUGAAAAAGAUGAAGAUGAAGAUGAGGAUGGAUCACUAAUAGUAACUAGACUGGCAAUAGAAAAAGCUCAACAAAAACCAGCUGAAAUGAGAGAUUUGGACUCUGCCUUGCAUAAUGAGGGAAAUUCUGAAAACCUUAAUGGACAUCAAGCUAAGGACUCUUCACAGCUAGCACUAGAGGAAAAUAUGAAUUUGAAAGAUAUGGAAGAUAGUGGGGCACGAACUGAACAAGAGGGCAUUAGUGACAUGUCAAAGUCAGUAGAGACUGAAGACAAAAAAUUGAAUAGAAAGGAUGGAGUUUCCUCAUCAGAUCUUAAUGAGGAGAUAGACAUGGAUGUCCCAAGAUCUGAUCUGGAAGAAUUGGCCAAAACUAGCUCACUAGAUGAACAUACAACUGAUGAUACAAAUCUGAUUAUGACUCAAAAUGGAAACUACAUGGGGAUUUCAUCAACAACUCACAUUUCAAAUACUAGCGGUGUUGAAACGUUAGAGGAACCAUCUUCCUCAGAAAAGUUCACAGAUGAAAGUAAUGGCAACAUCAUAUCCAAUACUCAUGAACCAACUCUAGUCAAUGAAAAGGCAGCUAAAGAAGAACCAGACACACUUCUUAGUACUGAUGUUGUUACAGCAUUUUUCGGAACACCUGAAGUAACUGGCUUGGAAUCGAAUGAAGGUUGCAAAAAUGGAACUGGAAAACUAGCUGAGGGACAAAAUACUCAUUGCAUAACACCAGAAGAUGAUCCACCUGCGCGUGAAAAUGAUUUAGAGAAUGAGAAAAUGAAGUUUGUUGAAGAAAGUAGAGAUGGAUCGAAGCAGGACUUGUCCAUUGAGUCAGCUGAUGUUGCAAAUGACAAUCUAAACACCACAAAGUGUGUUGGAAUUGAAUCGGAUAAUAUGAUGGAGAACAACCUUGAUAUUGACCAAGACCAUUCGAGCAAAAUAGUGAGUAAUAUAAACAUUUCUAUUUCUUUGAAUACUACUGUAGAAGAAUAGGCGAUAAAGUAGUAAAGAUACUCGAUCAAAUUACCAUUAUAUUCCAUAAGUAUUUGUAAUUUGUUACUGUAUAAAUUAUUAUAUUUGUCAAAUAUCUCAUUAGCUAACUUAAUUAACA